UCAAAAAUGGUAGAAUUUGUGAAACUGAAUCAAGAAAUGAAAUUAGAAAAGUAAAAAGUGUUAAUUGUUGUGUCGGAUCAAAUAUCUAGAAGAGAUUACUCCAACAAACAAUCAUAUAUUUAUAUCUAAUUAAUUCACAUUUAUAAAAUACUUAAGGCCGUUAGGUUUUAUUCAUUUUCAGUGUGAUGGAGAUACCGAAAUAAGUAAACCCUGAAGUGUUAUGGAAAACAUCAGUCAUGUAUUACUUUUGUUUAGGUGUUUUGUUCAUCGUACAAUCAAGCUGCUCAUCGCUUUUACUGAAAACUGAUUCGUUGUCACUGGUAAAAUCAAAUUCGACAUCUGAACAAAAGGUAUGGAACAUAAAACUUGAUAUUAAUUUUGCCAAAACGCUUCCUUCAUCGUUAAGAAAGGCUCCAGGAGCUGACGUUCGAUUUAAAUGUGAGGCCAUAAUGAAUUUCACUAAAGUCGAAAGCUAUACGAAAAAUAAAGAAGGCGUCGAGACAUCUUUGAAAGAAUUCCCUCCAGAUCACAUACAGCAAGCCUUAAUGAAAAAUGUGAAAGUUUAUUGGUUAAAAGACAAUAAUAUUUUGACGGAGGCGGCCAAGGUAAAAAUCUCAACAAAAAUUGAUAAAACAAAUGGCACCAUUGGCACUUACCUAAAAUUAAAAGAAUUAACUGUAAACGAUGGAGGCAAUUACACCUGUGUUAUAAAACAAAAUUACGAAAAAAGAAUGACAACAAAACUUAUUGUUGACAAUAAUAAUUUGGAUGCUUUUGAGAACCCAACAUUCACACCCAUGUUUCCAAGUAGUAAUGAAAACGAAUUGGUAUUAAACAUCAGAACAACACCAAACUUAAUAUCGGAAGGUAUGACAGUGGAUAAUGUUAAUACUGCAACGUCAAAGAAUACAUCCUCUCUGCAAAAGUUGCAACCUAUAUGCCAAGAGUAUAUUGGCAAAGUUUGCAGCUCUCAUCUCAAGGGGCAGUUUGUUUAUAUCCCGUAUGAUACAUCACAAGAGGCCCUUGAAGAUAAACUCCUAAAAGCUUUCCAAGUCACAAAGUAUUCCAACGAUAUAAGCUCUCAUUGUGAACAAUACGCCCAACCUAGUCUCUGCUACUCCACAUUUCCUAUUUGCAGAAAUCCAGACCUAACCAAUGAAAACUUUUUUAAAGAAACUAAAGAAGUUUUUAAAAUUCUCCAGGAAGCUGACCAAUUACCUGAAAAAACUGAUUUAUCUGUUGACAUACUCAAAAACAUACCCCAAGAUCUUAAAUCUCGUUUAAGAUUAAACAAAAAUGUGACAGAUCCAUUAAAUUUUCGUUACAAUUCAACAGUACUGAGACGGGUGUGUAAACAAGAUUGUGAAAUAUUAGAAAAUGAACUCUGUCAAACGGAAUAUGCUAUUGCCAAACGACAUCCACACAUUGGUCAGCAAUUAACUUUGGAAGAGUGCCAAGAUUUGCCUGAAGUUGACCCUGACUGUCUCAAGAUCGGGCUAGGUACACAAAUGGUCUCAGAUGAUGAAUGUUACUGGGAGAACGGCAGUGGGUAUCUGGGCAGGGUCAAUGUGUCCAGUAAUGGGAUGCCAUGCAUCGAAUGGUCCAAGCAGUUGUACGUUAAGGGGUCUGAUUAUCCAGAAUUAACCGGCAGACAUAGCUACUGCAGAAACCCUGGUGGAAUCAAGUCACAGCCUUGGUGUAUCAUAGACAAUGAUGGGAAAACUGCUCAGCUGUGUGACAUUCCAAAAUGUGCUCACAAAAUUUGGAUAUACAUUGUGGCCGUUUUUCUUGUCAUAUCCCUAAUCACUGCUGGUGUCAUAAUUUCUUUCUUUCAUAAAUGUAAAAAUAAAGGUAAUGCAGCUACAAUCCGAGAUAUCAAUCUACCUAAUGCUGAUAAAAAUAUCUAUGGUAAUUCUAGGCUUAAUUCACCAAUUGAAAUGAAUGAACUGUUGACCAAUCAGAACAGUGGUAGCCAGCCACAUUUGACAAUAAAUACAUCUCGCGGCAACGGAGUGUUGCGCAUACCACAGUACUCUUUGUCACAGAUUAAAUUUUUGGAGGUGUUAGGUGAAGGAGCUUUUGGCAAAGUUUACAAAGGGGCAUUAAAAAAGAACAGCGAAACUCAAUAUGUGGCCGUAAAAGCUUUAAAAGAGAAUGCAUCUGCAAAAACUAAAGCCGAUUUUAGAAGAGAAAUUGAUUUGAUAUCAGAAUUGACACAUGAGAACAUAGUGUGCAUAGUUGGAGUAGCUCUCAGAGAAGAACCCUUGUGCAUGUUGUUUGAGUUUAUGGCUCGAGGAGAUCUGCAUGAAUUUUUGAUGGGCCGCGCCCCACCCUCGGGCAAGGGUUUGCCCUCAAUGAGGCUCUUAAACAUUGCAGAAAAUAUUGCAUCAGGGAUGCAAUAUUUAGCCUCACAUCAUUAUGUGCACAGGGAUUUGGCUGCAAGGAAUUGUUUAGUAUCUGAUGACUUCAUUGUAAAAAUAUCAGAUUUUGGUCUCUCUAGGGAUAUUUAUAGCUCGGACUACUACAGAGUGCAAUCUAAAAGCUUAUUGCCAGUGAGAUGGAUGCCCCCAGAAUCUAUACUGUAUGGAAAAUUCACCACUGAAAGUGAUAUUUGGUCAUAUGGAGUUGUAUUGUGGGAGGUUUAUAGCUAUGGAUUACAACCAUAUUAUGGGUAUAGCAACCAGGAGGUAAUAUCGAUGGUGCGCGGCGGGGAGCUGCUGGCGGCGCCCAGCGGCUGCCCCGCGCCCGUGCACGCGCUCAUGAAGGAGUGCUGGCAGCACACGCCGCAGAGACGACCUAACUUUGAAGUCAUUGUUAACAGGAUACAAGAGUGGAUCCAAAUGGGGGGUUGUCCUGAGGUCGCCGCGUCCGAGUCGGGCAGCAGCUGUGGCCAUCGACCCACCACAUCAAACAAGGAAUUCCAGGAAAGAGUACCACUUUUACCCCCACAUUGUUCCUCCUCCAACGGCUCCCUUGCCACCGGCAGUUUGAAGAAAUUCAGCGUCGCAGGGUCCAGUUCCAAAGCGGACGACAGUUUCUCCACCUGUAGUGAAGUUCCCCCUUUAGCGCCCAAAACCAAAAAAUAUAGUUCUGGUUCACUCAUAGACACCGACAAAAUUGGCACCAGAGAAACAGUCGUCAGAAUACCCAACAGGCAUUACGGCAAUGAAAUAUAAUUGCAUUUUUAGCUCAGACUAAUUAUUAAGGACCUGCCUCCCUAGACGGUACUUUUUUGUCAAAGUAUAUGAUCAACGAUCUAAUGCAGUUAUAAAAACUGUCUCUGUUGUUGUCACCAAUGUUUUAUAGUCGUAAUGGUGUUCGUCUCAAAUAGCUCAGUAAAAAUGCCUUUUUGUGUAGUUGAAUGGUGUAAAAAAACGAGCAAAACUUCUAAUUUAGUAUUAGAUAUAUACAAAAUCUAAGCUCGUUUUUCUCUGAAAAUGACAUACAAUUUUGUUCGUGAAUUUGGGUGUGGAUCCUUCUGUAAUUGGUCUGAGAUUUUUAGAUAUUGUUAGAUGUAAUAAAUAUAAUUAGCUAAAAUUUUACGCUAAUAUAGGCUUGACUAAUUGUUCUUAAGUAAAUUAUUGGCAUCGCUACGUAGACUAAGUAACCUACGUGUUAGUAAGUAGGCUUUACACCCUCCGCCUUAACGAUUAUUAUUUAUUUAUUAUGUAAAAGACAGUAUAAUUUAUGAUUAAGAAAGGUUAUAAUUUAUAAAAAUUUAGAUUCCACUUUAGGUUUAGCUUAUAAUUUAUGUUCACAGCAGUUAUAUACUUAUUCGAUUCAAAACCAAAUUCAAAACUUGUACAUAAGCUUCAGACACAAAUUGCUCAAAGAUAGGUCUUAACACUGAUAAUUUGAUAUAAAAAAAAUUCAUAACACAAAUGUUGAAAAUGUCGGUAAAAUUCUCACUCAGCUGUACUUUAUUUGGUCCACUGUUCGGACUUUUAGAUGCGAUUAUUAUUAUCUGUGAUCGAAUUCCUUAUUUUCGGGUAAAAAUUAUAAUUCCUAUCCCACACAAUUAUAUACUCAGAGGCACAAUUACCCGCCCACAUUAAUAUACUCGCGUCAUAUUAAAGAGGGCGGAUAAUUGUGCCUCUGAUUAUAUUACUGUAAUUACUGUAUUUCUCAGUAACACGAACCUAUUGCAAGCUUUAUUCUACCUGUGAAAAUGGCGAUAAUUAGUUUUUUUUUUUCACGUACGUAUGCACCUGUGUGACUAUUUAUUACAGUGAUUAUAUUUCUUUAAGACAAGAGUUAGGUAUGUUCCUUUUUCAUUUUGUAGAUAGUAUAAGUUGAGCACAGUACCAAGUAGGUAUAGUACAUUUGUAUUUUGUUAUUUACUUUUUUGUUAGAAUUAUAUCUCAAUUAGAUAAUGUAUAAAAAAACUUUCGUCAUUCAUAUAAUUAUUACAACAGUUUAAUUUAGAUUUUAUACCUAUACUGCCAAUCUGAACUGAAACGAUGUUUCGAAGUAUUUUUAUUAAAUAAGUGAAUUUAAACUCGUGGUUUGAUAUUGUUGUUGUAAUUUAUGUAAACUAAUUGUAAGAAUCAUCGAUUUGUCCAACAAACAGUAUAGUCGGAUGCAAUAUUUUUGACGUGUUCGAACAUCGUACGCUAAACCGCGCAAUGUAGUAAGAGCUCGCCAGGGAUACUUUCCGUAAAUUGCUGCGAAUAUGAGAUAGUCAAGUCAAGUCAAGUCAAAAUUCAUUUAUUUCAAAUAUGCUUAGUUUACAAGCUCUUUCGAAACGUCAGGUAAUAAUAUUAAACUUAAGAUAAUGGUGAUAAUAAUUAUUCGAAAACUUAAAAUUAAAGUUACAAGGGUUCCAAACGCGCCUUGACCCGAGAAAAGACCCCACAACAAACUCAGCCAGGUUUAUCACCAUUUAACAAUUGGUAUAUAAGUAGCCUGUCAUGUAAUACAUUUAAUUUCCAAGCAAUUUUGUCAUUUACGUAAUCAUUGACACUAUACCUAAUACGACUUUUCUAUAAGCUUAAUAUACUUAUACGUUCUUGGCUGACAAAAUAAAAAACAAAUACGUAUUAUAUGAAAAAAUUCAUUGAUUUAUAAUAUACUAGCGGACGCCCGCGACUUCGUCCACGUGAAAGCCGUUGUAAACUUUCAACUACCCCUAUCCUACCCUACCCUAACUCUACCCUACCCUAUCCCAACCCUACCCCUACCCUACCCCUACCCUACACUACCCCUACCCUACCCCUAUCCUACCCAACCCUACCCCUACCCUACUCAUUAAGGCUGCACUUCUUUAUUUAUUCCCCCCCCCCCCCCCCCGCGAGUCGCAUCGAGCGCGGCAACCGUUACACAAAAAUAAUCCAUAUAGCAUAAAUUAGUAUUCACGCGCGAUGGCUUAGCGUAUUUCUUGUAUAACUUUGGUGUUUCUUUACCGAUUUUUGUGAUUCUUUUUUUAUUGAAUAGGUAAUAAUGUUAACUUUUUUAGUUAGGGAUGAGUGAUGAGUGUUAUAAACAUAAGAGUAGACAAAUAUAAUUAGAAAGCUUCGAACUCCUAAGCUAUCGGGAGUUACACGUGUUAUUGUGAGUCAACCAUAAAAGAUAGACAUAUAUAUGCUGUUGUGUUUUUCUAGAUAAUUUUAAGGAGAACAUUUCCGUCAUACAUGAUUUCCAUGUAGCUUUAACCAUUAAGGCUGUAUACUCGACGGAAGCUUAAAAAAUUGAGUAACUUCUCCCGUUUUCUCAACAUUUCUCUUCACUGCUCUGCUCUUAUUGAUCGUAGUGUAAUGAAAAGUAUACUAUAACCUGCCCAGGAGUAUGUAGAAUAGUUGUACCAAGUUUCGUUAAAAUCCGUCCAGUAGUUUUUGUUUCUAUAAAGAACAUACAGACAGACAGACAGACAGACAGACAGACAGACAGACAGACAGACAGACAGACAGACAGACAAAAAUUUUACUGAUUGCAUUUUUGGCAUCAGUAUCGAUCACUAAUCACCCCCUGAUAGUUAUUUUGGAAAUAUAUUUCAUGUACAGAAUUGACCUCUCUACAGAUUUAUUAUAAGUAUAGAUUUGUUAAUUUAUUUAUUAUUUGUUUUUAACCUAAUAUUGUAAUUUUAUCUUGCUUAGCAGUUUUUAAAAAUUCAGAAUGAUUCGAUUAGUGGCAUUAUUUAACCUGCAUUAUACUACGUCAUAUUUACUAUUCCAUUCCAUUUGCAAUUUCGGCAUAAUCUGCCAGUUAAAGUUUAAAUUUGCAGAUUUUACGUCAUUUUCGACUGUCCGCGAGUAAAGGAAUUGAGACGCUAUUUUUUAAUCUACGAAUAAAGGAAGCGAGUAUAAGAAGCAUUUACUAUACAAGAUUUUAGAUAUCCCGGUUACGCUCUAAGUAGCUUCACGCGUCUUGAUUUUUGUAUAACCAGCGUGUAGGGUCAUCCGCACUUUAUUUCGGAGACGUCAUAAAGAUUGCAACCGAUUAUACUUACUCGUAUUUGUACUCAUUAGUUAACAUUACACAUUCUUGCAGAAAUGGAGGGGAAUUGAGAUCGAUAUAUUGUCGACCUCUUCACGAGAUAUCAAAAGCGGCGAAAUCGAAAAUAUUGCUCUUUGCAUCAUCACUUACCAUCAGUUGAGAUUGUAAUCAAGGGCUAAAUUGUAAAGAAUAAAAAAAAUCUAUUUACUAAUGCAAGUUAUAUUCCAACACUGUGGGACAUCGAAACUCUGUCCUCCGAGGUUACAUACCCGCAAAUUGUCACAUCACAUAUUUUAAACAGAAUGCAGUCUGACCUUAACUGUUACUUGUAGUGCAGAUAUCAUAAUGGUAUAUGCAAUCCACGAUCUCGUUUUACUAACAUGUAGUAGUAUAGGGGAUCGUCUGUGUGCUCCAUUACUGUGUUGAUUGCACCUACAGUUCGUUUCAUGUAGGAUGGUGCGGGUGACAGUUCGUUUCAUUCUUAAAAGUUUGCUAAGAUUCACGAUAUUAAUACGUAUUAUGAACUUCAUAUAUGCGACUGUCACCGUACCCAUGCUACCUGAAAAAACACUACAUGACAAUAUUUAAGUACAUACAUAUUUCAUUGUUUGCAUAUGCUGUCCAAUUCAUUUUUGUAUUCCUAUUUACAUUAAUCUAAGUGUAACUUUAGUAUCUCUAAUAAGUAUUAUAAUGUUUUGUUAGUUUCCAUUUGUUUUAAUUUACUUUUAUAGAAAUAUAUACAGUACAUAAAUUUCUGUACUUGCCAAAGACUUUUUUGUAUGUGAUACAUUUUUUUUUACCUUAUUGUAAACUGUAUUUCUAUAAUAAAUAUUAAUUUAUACAAAUAAAA